AUGGCCUUUAUUAUGAGACAACGGAGAGAGUCACUUCUUAUGGAUAAAGAGGACGAUAUGACGGCUUCUACACAUAGAGAUAGUCUGACGUCCGACAGCACCAGUCGCAGUGGAAGUUGGUCCGAGGAAGACGAAUCGGAAACAUCAUCUCCUUUGGUGGAAAGAAUCAACAACCGUCCCCUACAUCAUACCUUUACAUCUAUUUCAUCGAAUAACCAGUUCCCCAAGGUGACCUUUUCACCAUCACGGAAAACGACAACGAUGCUGCAAAAGAACAAACUUAUUUCCGAAAGCGACUAUGAUUUGAAGAAUUCCAGAGAUGUCAUGGCUGGUUCUGUUUCAGCUGUCGUUAAUUUUCUAAGAAUGGCAGGAAUUCCAAAAGCAAGUAUGGACGAACUUGAUGAAAAUUUGAACAAGGGUCACUAUUUUGAUGUCUUGUGCCGUGUGCAACAGUAUGUACAGUGUAUUGUAUCCGAAUCGAAUGACGAGAAAGAUGCAAAGAUUCACUUGGCGGUAACAGCAUGGGUUUCCUUGUGUCGAUUGAAAUCACUAGAAUACAAAGAGGCUUACAAACGAACGAACAAAUUAAAAAUGGAAAUGUCUAGUGCGGAUGCCAAAAAGUGGAAACGUUUACAGAUUGAGAUGAAAGAAGCACUCAAGGAGCAGGUGGAUCUUGCCGAACAAUGUACAUCUUGUCAAAAGAAGUUUUACUUGGUGCAACGAUGGGAGAAGCAACACCUACAAACAAUGAAACGAAACACCAUCAUGGAGCCUGAAGGUUAUCAACCACUGCGCUGUCUAAUUGAACAUUAA